CAGGAAGCGUGUAUUAAAAGUCAACGUUCCGAUUGUGCCACAAUCGGUGUGCAACUUUCUCGCUCGUGGAUUUCCAGCCACGGAAGGAGCGUAAAACCGGCCCGGUCGGUUCCCCAUCGUCAUUCGCGAGUCACAGUACACGAAGGUUCGCGCUAGUGUUCAGAACCGCGCGUCUCGUCCUUGGCGCUCAGUCGAAACCAGUUCAGUUUGCUAGGGAGAAGAACAGUGGUGUCGGUGAUCCGAUCCUGAAGGAGGAUCGAAAACGUCCUUGCGAGGACUCGCUGAAGAACGGUAGGACCGAUGCGGAGGACGUGAAAGAAAUGCCGGAGCUCAACGACGACGUGGACGAUGAGUUGGACGACGAGCAGGUGUGCUUGGAUCUCAGUGAACCUUCGCCGGAAGUGAUGGAGUACGCUAGAAGAGAGUUAGGAGAGACCGAGGACGUGAAGUGCAAGAGUCUUGAGGAGCUCAGGGACAUGAUUUAUGAGAAAGGAGAAUGCUUGCCACAUAGAAUGGACGAUGACUUCCUGAUCAGAUUUUUGAGAAACAAGUAUUUCAACGUGAACAAGGCACAUCAACUGAUCGUGAAUUACUACAACUUCAAAGAGGAACACCCGGAAAUCCACCAGGACGUAAAUCCUUUGGAGAUGAAGCAUAUCGGUGAGGACGACGUGAUGACAGUUCCGGCUUACAGGACUGAAUGCGGGCGGAGGAUAAUGAUCUAUCGACUGGGCAAUUGGGACCCAAGGAAAUAUUCUGUAGAAGAGAUUUUUAAGGCCACUGUUAUUGUCCUCGAAUUAGGAGUAUUGGAACCGAGAGCGCAAAUUUUCGGUGGGGUGGUUCUGUUCGAUUUGGAGGGCAUCACGAUUUCACACGCGUGGACCAUCACCCCUCAGGUGGCCAAUAUGGUGAUAGCACUAAUGGUAACGGCGUUCCCCAUGAAAACCCACGCGAUACACAUCCUCCAUCAGUCGUGGGUGUUCGACGUGAUGUUCGCAGUGUUCAAGCCGUUCCUGGACGUACGGAUGCAGAAGAGGAUCUUCUUUCACGGUAGCAACAUGGAGAGUCUACACAAGCACAUAUCGCCCUCACGUUUACCCAAGAGGUACGGCGGUACCAGAGACGAGCUUCCCUACUACAAGUGGAUCGACAGUCUCAGCAAGGUGCACAAAAUCGUCAAAGAGAUGAACCAGAUCGGUUACAUCAUCCCUGAAGAGAUUCAGAAACAGCUGGACGAGACGGCCGAAGACUGAAUUUCUUCGCGAUUUUAGAAUUCGAUCACUGACGACGCUGACUUCAGCGAACGUUCAUUUUCAAACUCGAGGAUACGUCGAUCCAAAGGUGAAAAUAAAUGAUUCACUUUGUUUCAAAUUAAUACUGAAUUUCAUGCAAGUAAAAAAUAUUAAACGACACCUUAGGUCUGGAGGGUGCAUACCGAAUCCUGAAAUUAUUGGCACGAUAUGUAUAAAAAGGUAACAAUAAUUUUUCAUUUCAGGAUUUAAUUUUGCAUUGUUCAAAGUGAAUCGAAUUUUCACGGACAGAUCGAUAUUUUCUAUGAACGCAUAUUUUUUGUACUGUUAAUCAUCCCUGGUUGUUGACGCAUGCAUUUUAUACUGAAUUUGUUUUCAUCCCUGCACACGUUCCGUAUAUAUUAUACUUUUGUAUUUCGACAAUAUUUCUACAGUUUUAGAACUAGAGCAUUGAUUAAACAUUCUAAGGAAA